GUCAAAAUUGUAAACAUGGCGUCUGAAGUCUAGUUCGGCACAUAUUAAUUUUCUCUAUCUAGUUUGGUUCUUUUUGAAGAAUUUUAUUUCUGUUUCCCACCGCGAAGUUCUGUGUUUUACUACUUGCGCCAAACCAGCCGAUUGAUCAGUGAACUUGAACUUUCGGACGAGUUCUUUCCGCUGAUUCCGUUGGUCCGAUCUUACCUCAGUGUUUCAGGUUCUAGUGUGCAAUGUCGCUAUUUUGAAUUGUUUCUGUGAUUGAAUACUUAGUCAGUUUGGGAUUCUAGCCGCUUAUUUCUCAGUAUUUUAAGAAUGACUUUUUGGGUCUGUUGAGUGAGAUCAUAAAUUCGAAAAUGAGUUUACCAGAAACUGAACAGUUCUCCCUGCGGUGGAACAAUUUUCAUAGCAACUUAUCCUCAGGUUUUCAUGACUUAUUAGAAGGAGAAGACCUCGUUGAUGUCACCUUAGCUUGUGAUGGUACCUUUGUUCAAGCUCAUAAAAUUGUCCUGUCUGUGUGCAGCCCAUACUUCAAACAGUUAUUCAAGGUAAAUCCAUGCAAACAUCCUAUUGUCAUUUUGAAGGAUGUGGGUCAUAUUGAACUUGCAUCUCUUCUCCAGUUCAUGUAUCGUGGGGAAGUUAAUGUCAGGCAAGAAGACCUAACAGCAUUCUUGAAGACAGCUGAACUUCUUCAGAUUAAAGGACUCACCAGUGAUGACUCAAAAGAGACUAUUCAGUCAGCAGCAUCAGGUGAAUCACAUGUAUCAGACAGCGAUUCACGAACCUGCAAGAACAAUGCCAGCGAUGAGUAUGACCCAGAAGUCAAUUCCACGCUUAAUUUCUUGGAACAGUCACGUCAGCGCUUCGAGAAGUACUUAAACCCGUCUCACAAUCAGCCGUAUUUCAAUACUGAAAAAGGUAGCAUUAUCUCUCAAAUACUCUCCCGUAGCAAGCCCACGCCAGAUUCGGACAGGAGGCAGAAAGUAGUGCAAAAGAACUGUCAGGCGAGCCCGGUGAGCGGAAACGAUGCCUCUAUCAGUACUCUCUCACCCACAUCGACAAGCGUCAGACUGAAGGAGGAACCUAUAGAUUACGAAAAUGAUGUUAUUGAGGACACGAGUAAUGGUUUAGAUUCUGCAUUGGUCAUUGAUGAUUCAUAUCAGGAUAAAUCUAAUUGCAUGGAAAUCGAAGCAUCAGGAAGUCUGUCAGAUUUAGAAGCUCGGGGAAAAACAACGGCUCAAGGACUGAAGUUCUCAUGUCGGUUCUGUCAUAAGAAAUUCUCGCGGCGGGAUAGCCUUGGCAUCCACGUUGCAAACAUACAUGGCAAAUUGCGUGGUCCGUUCCCGUGCAAGAUCUGUGGAAAGCUGGCCAAGAAUAAGCGGAGUCUCAACACUCACAUGUACGAUUAUCACAGGCAGACAAGCGGUGGAAAGCGGCUGAAAUACCAACGUAACAACUGUGUCGAGAAUGCAGAGAACAAUCAGCAAGUUUCGUUGAUCAUUCGAGACGGAGAAUGAGCACUCGGCUAAACGUCAGCUUUAAUUCUGCUUCUUAUACUUUUUUGUGGCCUCUGCGAAGGCAAGUUUUUAAGCUUGCCGGUACAAUGAUUUCUGAAUAUUGUGUGCCAUCUGAAUUCAUGCUCACUGUACAUCUUUUCUAUUUACCGUUUUCUAGUGUGGGGGGGUUAGAAUGGCAUUUCAUAAUGCAAGGCACAAAAAUCUUCCAUAUCCUCAAGUUGGUAUACUCACAUCAUCUGUAAAUUUUUAAGUUGGGUAUCUUGAGGUGUAUGUCAGCAUUGUAUUUUCCUGGCACAUAGUGAAGCAACGUAACGGAAUGAUGGCCCUCUCAUGGUGAUUCCGCGCGGAUGACCUCAAACCAGCUUGAUGCAGUGGCCUUGCUGAGUCACUUUUUUAUGGAAGCUUUUUGGUCUGGCAGCAUUUUGAGUUUUGUUUUCAUGCCCUUUGAGAAAGAUCAAAAGAAAAGAGUCUUUUUGGGGCAUUUACCGAAGGACGUACUUUUCUUUGUCUUUUGGAGGAACCCCUCUCAUCAGUCAAGGUACAGUUUUUAAAAAUGUUCAUCCAGAGUGCUGUUUUUCCAAUGCUUAAGCCAAAACAUUUUUUUUCUCUUUCAAAGAACAGCUUGGAUUUUGUAUCAGGAGUAAGCAAGGAAACUUAAGUAUCAAGUGCGAUUUUUUAGCGACUGGAUUGCCAUAUUCACCCUAAAAUUUCAUUUCCUUCUUUCUUAAUUCGAUUGCAAAAGUGAUGACUGACUUGAUGGCUUCUAUUUUUCUCAUGAAAUCACUUUAAUGAUUCUCAAGCCUGGGAGGACAUGCAUAAAGAAAGAUCAGAUCCUGCUAAUGUUGAUUCUUUAAAUGUGAUCCCUGCAUCUAGGUUUACACUUAAAAAUAUUGAUAGCUAAACUUGGAAAUGACGUAGCUCAAUUUGCAAUGUCGUAGGAUCUCUUUCUUAUUUUAUUUUUUAGUUGGAAUACUAACCAGGGAAAUUUCUUGAAAAUACCCGCGACUUAUUUGCUUAGUUCAGAGAAUAUCAAACCAUGAUGUUCGCUUUUUUCCUUUCUAAUAAAUAAAGUAAGUUCAGAAAUUUUGAAACACUUAUUUGCGCUUCGUAAUUUUCUAGAUUAGCGAUCGAUUUGAUGUCUUUUAUAAUUAACUGAUUAGGUCUCUGUUCAAAACAGAAUUUCAGUUUUGGAUUGUCCAUCUGAUGCAGCGAGAUAUGAAAAAUUUUACUUUUAAGGGGCAGUGUGACUUUACUCCCUUCGUUGGAGAACAACUUAUCACUGAACCGCACAAAUGAUUUCUAUUCUUUUUGCUUUGCUCCUCUCGUCCCCCUAAAUAUUUGUAAUACUAUUCUCGGAGUAUGCUUGUAAUCUCCUUAGAGUCUUUAGUUACUCUCAGUGACUAAUUCGGAAAAUUUAUUUUAGCAGAGUUUCGGUAUUUCUUAAUAGGUUAUCCAAAUUGAUUUGUAUAUAGUUAGGAACCUCUUCCUAAGUGUUAGUGCGUUUUAUGUGCAAUAUACCGUUCGUCAUUAGAAAUCUCUCUUUGAUGUUUGGCGAGUGUUUUUUAAUGAAAUGAAGGUCUGUUGGAAGUCCUCCCCUGUGAAACAGUUGUUUCGUAAUGAACGGUAAUUUGUUUUUUUUACUUACCUUCGAUUUUUCUGCAGGCUGCUCCUUAAAUUCGUCCUCUCUUAUGAAUUGACGCCGUAAUUCAGUUAUUUGCCUUGAAAACAUUUUUAGCAUUUUCAUGAAUCAACUAUUCAUUUCAAUAAUUUUUAAACAGGAUUUUUGUAGGACAACUCUUCGCUUGACUGUUGAACCUAGAGGACAAAAGGGAAUUAAUCCAGUACCCAUCUUUUUUCUUUUUAGUCAAUAAUUCCGAAAGCUUGCUUCUCCUUUGUAACUCUGAAUAGGUUGUACAACUGGAAAAAGCUUGUGAUUGGGAUUAAAUGGUAAUUGUAGUAAAGUAGAAUUGAUCUUGCACUCGUUUUUGGUUACAAAUAAAAUAGGUGCUUCUAAGAUCCUUGCAGAAUGGCUGGGUUAAUGGUUUAACCACAGGCCCAUUUGCAAAGAGGUGGCCUGUUUUCUAAAUUAUUGAUCUAUUUGAACUUUUUGCUCCUAAAUUAAAUGUUUUGCAGCUGUUCUGAAAGUUCCUGGUAAUUUAUCAAACAUUUUUCAAUUGUUCGUUCCACUAAAUUCUUAACUUGCUUCAAUCGUGGCUCUUCUUUGCCCAAAUUCUUCUCUCCUCUGCUCUUUUCGUUGAUUUUUAGGUUGUUGUGUUCUCUUGAUUCUUAACUGGUCUCCGCUGCUGUCAUAAAAAUUUAGGCCCUCGUAUUAAUUUAUUUUUUUACUCGUUUAUUUAUUAUUUAUUCAUUUAUUUGUUUGUUUAUUUCUAACUGUCCAUCUCUCUUAAAUAACCACAUCACUAAAAGUGUCACCUUUCGGAAGUUUUUGUACAAAAUUUCAAGUCAUAACUGUGAAACGAGAACGCUUUUUCUCUCUUCUCUUCUCAUGGUUUGCGUUAUUUCGUGUGUGUUCAGGUUUUCUACUAGUCACUUUUCUCAGUCAUUCUUGAAAAUAAGUACUUACUCUCGUUUAUUGUUUAUUUUGCAUUUGGUAAGGGCUAAAAAGCACUUUAUGAGAGUUACCUGCCAAAAUUUUUCAUUUUUGCUUACAAUUAGUAAGAGAUAACUUUGAUGGUAACAAGAUUUAAGAUGAUUACUUUCUUUCGCCAACACCACCAAGCAUCAUUGUUAUUUUUUUUUUAUUUAUCAUCUCCGAUCAUAGGCUCAGCUUCGAAGUGAAAAUUAUUGCAUAUAGGCAUCAAAAUUUCAUUACAACGAUAAAGUAUCUCUCUUGAAGUUAGGCCUUUUCACAAAUACAAGAUCUCAUCAUGAACUUUUCACUGUGGCGCGUCGAGUUUGUUUCUAGUCUUUAAGUUGAGUUUUUUGGUUGCCUUUCACCCGCUAUUAUUUAUUGACACUUUUAUGACACUUCAUGAUUCAUAGAUUGAUCUCAGGACCUCAAGUUUGCUCAUAAAACCGGUGAUUUUGUAUUUUUGAAAGCAGACUCCAGUUUUGACAAUUUUGAAAGUUUAUUUUCGUAACUUUUACCGCAUAAUCUAGCAAAAAGAAAAACAUUUCUUAACUGAAGGUAACUGUUUGAGAGAUUUAGGUCAAAAAAGUGGCCCAUUGUUUUAAGGAUCAAGCUAGUAUCAAGUAAAUUUCGUUUAAACUUCAUCUGCAGAUUACCUCUCAAAUUUUUAUCUAUUCACGUCAAACUUCGAGAACAUCAUGGCCUACUGGGCAGUUUGAAUAAUGCGCCUUUGAUAAUGCAUACAGUUUUACAGGUGGACUAUUUUUGGUGGAUUUUCCUUUAAACAGGCAGCUCCCUGUUUUUCUCCAUGAUUAAUUUAUCGUUUAGGGCGUAUCCAAAGGAGAAAAGCUGUACAUACUUUCUUUCUAAUUUAAUUUAGUUUAGUUAAUUUAUUAUUUUGUUUUUAAUUUUAUCCGCUGGAAUUGUAUUAACCUCUCAUGUUUCGUGUGUUUCUGUUGUGUUGUGUAGGCUAAAACAUCUUUAAAUCGAUUGUUAUGUUCAUUAUUCGGGUCAAUUCAUCCACCGGUUAGAGAAUAGAUUAUACCAAUGACUAAAAUGUCAACAACUUUAAAUUAUAUUUUAUGGCAGUAUCAUCUAGGCAUUCGCCGUUGAUUAUUUUAUGAGUUUUGUAAGCUCUCUUGUUUCAGCGUUGGAUGUGUCAGUUUCAGUGAUGAGCUCUUUCAGCCUAUUGUUUUUAUUUGUAAAUAUAUACAGUUGCUAUGUUGAAAUUUAAUUUUUGCAGAAGAAAUUCUAUGAAAUAGGUGCGUAAAUUUAGGCACUUGUCGCAUUAAUAUUUUUUGUAUUUUUUCUUUAGUAUACUAUUGUACCUAUUUUCCUCUUAAACUCUUGUUUAUUUAAAUUCGAAGUAAUGCUCUCAAUAGCUUGAUAGUAUUCUGUUUGUAAGAAUUAGUGGCCAACCGAUUUGUUCGAUGUGCAUUGGUGGCAUUGUCACAAUGCAAAAUAAAAAGUACUCCCACUAACUCCGACCCUAAUGGAUAAACAGUUCCAACAUAAAUUAAAAUUAACCUGUGAACUGAUAAAGUAUUCACGCUUGACACUGCUACCUAGCGUGCAAGAUUGCCAGGUCGCACGAUGAAAAGGAAGCAUUUUAUAUGGGUUUAAAUGGGAACAAUUGGUGAUUUUUCAGUGUAACCCGGAGCACGCUUUCGGCUCCGAACGCAUCCCACAUUUGGGAUCCCGAAAACAGAAUAUAACACGCUAGCAUUGUUGCCCAGAUCGUGUUGAAAAAGUAGAACGGGUCCCCCAUUUAAGACUUUGUAAAAUACCUACUUUUUAUCGUACAGCCUGGCAACCUUGUACGCUAGGCAGCAGGAUCGAGCGUGGAUACUACACUGAGGAUUUAAUGUCUUGAAAACUUUCCGUUCUCUACCAGGAUACACCAUUCCAAGGGUAUCAUCGAUAACAUCCAAUUCUUCCCACUAUUUAUUUGUCAUAUAUUCCAGCAUUUAACAUGGGGAUUUUAGCUUUUGUUGUAUAUUUUUAAGUAAAUAUCAUCUAAAUGGAUCAGCUUCACAUCAGAAAAGAAUCAUGGUCUAUAGUUUAAAGUUCUAAAUCAGAAAAAAAAAGGAUAAUAUCUGUCUGAACAUCAAGUUUCUACAUCCGAAAUUGGAGAAGAUAUUCUGCCCUUUGAAUACCAUACCAUGAUUGAUCAACUUAUCCACCUUGUUACCUUGCAUUAUUUAGAUGGUUUUAAGAAAAAUCGGCUUUACUGAACCAUACCUUGCUUUAUUUCCUCUCAUGUGUUGUUUUUUCAACAAAAAACUAGGCAAUUUGCCCUUUUCAAUUUCAUGAGUCAUCCCCUGUAAUGUAGGGAAAAUCAUAGGAAGUUUUGAGUCAUCCUGUUUCUUAGUCAUUGGUUUAAAAAAUACAUCGCAGGAAAUUAGGUGAUGUGAAAUGUAGUCUGGCUCAUUCUACUAAAAGAUAAUGAACUGAAACUGCAAUGGAAGAACCAUGGUAUGCUUUGAAAUGAUGAAUAACAUCGUCCGCCAUGUUUUCAAAGUGUCUUCUCAGUUAAUAUUGGAUGCAGAAACUUUGAGUUUAAAUUCGUCUUUGUAAAGCUACUUCUCUGUUUUUAACAUUUGUAACAUGAUUCUGGUGUCAAUGCUAAUUACCCAUAAAAUGAACAGAUGAACUUACUUUGUAAUGUUUUGAAAACUUGACCUCUCUUUUGUCAGAUAGCUCCGGUGGUAAGAUGUUAUCAACAACAUCUGAUCCUUGUUUUUUAUUUUUUCAUGUAUUUUACGAUGUUGAUUAGGAUCGUUAGCCUUCGUGUACUUUUUAAAAAUAAUAGGUAUAAUCAAAAUCUUUGAGUAUUUUGUGGGAAAGUUCAGAUUCUUUGCUGCAUAGGUGGCAAUUUUCCUUGCUUAACUUAGUAUCAGAAAUCGUCAAUUUUUAUAGGAAUACUGCUUGGAAAAUAGUAAGGUGUCAUCUAGUAAUGGAUCAACACGCUAGCAUGGCUUCAGCGCAGGAAAUCUGCUCGUAAGGCACUCAGUGGCGCAUUGUUUGCUCUAGGUUGCAUGAAGAUACAUUUUUGUAAAAAUCAUCGGUGGUUUUUUCUCACUCGAUUUCUGUAAGAUAUUGGUACAUGCCUUACUUUUGUUAUGAUACUGAAAAGCUCUUAAAAAUAAUUAAUUUGCCCCUAAGUUCUCCUGUUGGCACUGUACAGGGUGUUUCAGAAAAAAAUAUCCAUCCUAAAUAUCUUCUGAACGAAUUCCAAGAUCGAAAAAGUGUUGAAUAUUUUUGAUACGGGCAUUCCCCUCAAAAUUAAACAUUUGUUUCGGCGUUUUUGGAUCCGCGAAUUCGUUCAAAAAUAUUUAAGAUAGAUACUCUCUUUUGAAACACCCUGUAUGUACUUAAACAAUUUUCAUGGUUUCUCUUCUGAAGAGAAAAUCCUGAAAAGAAAAUUCCCGAAGAUUCUAUUUUAUCUGUAGACUUGGAUUUUUUCCUCUCCUAUCUUUUGCAAAUAUAAUAUUUCUCAAGUAUAUUUUCUGUCAAUAUCAUGACCCUUUUUUUAAUUAUAAUUUUAUCUCAGCUUGGUCCCUAUUAUUUUGUAUUUUAUCAGGACCAUUUAGUUCUGAUGGUUUACCGUCUGUCCUCCCUAUCUAUUAUGGAUACAUCUCAUAUUGUGCAUCACUUAUUUUCCUAAUUUUAAUUCUCUUGGCGUAAUUUUGUUUCUCCUCAUUGUAUCGGUUUUACACCUGUAUCUAUUUUAUAUUUUCUAACAUUUAAUAUACAUAAAAUAACUCAACAUGAAAAUUCUAAAA